AUGGGCGGCAAGAAGAUGGCGGCGAGCGUUGUCCUCACCGCCUGCCGCAAGACACAGCAGAGACUUAGCUCGAGGAGGGGCAACAGGAGCCGACCGCGAACCUUGGAACCUCAAGGGCCUACGGCGGUGGAGAGAGCCGCGGGCACGGUCAUGCGCUGGACGGGGGGAACCGUUGAUACGAACAGGGUAGUAGAAGAGGCUUGGAAAGCGAGGUGGUUAAAAGAACGGGACGGCAGGGCAAUCACCAGGCCGACGGACGAUUUUGACCAUCAGCAGGAGACGCUAUUCCGGAACGAAACCCUAAGGAGGCACGACGGUCUCAGCAAGGCGAAGAGCUCACUGCUGAUUCAAAUCCGGACGGGAGCAAUAGGCUUACGGGACUUCUUGUUUACACGGGGAGUCCCAGAGGUUCUGACUCCUGCCUGCGAGUGUGGCGAGGGACGAGAGACUGCCGAACACCUGGUAGUGUGGUGUUUGGCCCCACCGUUGACUAGAAGAUGGGAGAGAACUGGAAUUCGGACACGACGGGACUUUUACUCUGUUCUACACGGUAUCAAUCCCACGACUACACGGCUCGCGAGGAGAGUUCUCGACUGGCUGAUGGACUCGGGGAAGCUGCCGAUGUACAACUUAGCCAGGAGGCUCGAGCUGGAAGCGGCGGCCUGA